CGCAAACUAAGUCAGAACGUACGUUUCACUUUUGAGCUCAGAAACAGGGAGGAGACUUCACAGAUCUACAGUCAACUCAGCGGAACUCCCCUCAUGUCAGGGCGAAAUGCUGUCAUCAGUUAUCUUGUGGAGCCUCCUGCUGAUUCCCUUGAGCACAGCCAAUAGAGGUUUCACAAAGUGCAAGGGUGAAUCCACCACAUUGAACUGUCUGGAGCCAAAUAAUCAUAUAGGGGGCAAAGUGGAUAUAAACGCUCUUUGGAAAAAACAUUCUGGUGAAAGAGUGAUCUGGAAAUACAACGGAGAUAGUCAAAAGGGAGCCAGUUUCAAGAACAGGACAGUAGAGUUGAAAGAGGAUUUAUCCCUUUACAUCAAUGGAUGUGAUCAGUCAGAUCAAGGCACAUAUAUUCUCUGUAUCGAUGGAAAACCGUGCUGUGAAGUUACACUACUUGUCAGAGACUCAAAACAAUGCCAACCAAAAACGACCACAGAACAAUCAGUUAGAAGCACAGCAUUUUCUAUGGCAAAACAAGCUACCAAAGAUGAAAAAUACCUGGAAACUGAAACCAGUCUGCCAAAUGCUUACGUCAGAUGGGUUAUUUAUGUCUGUUUAUUUUUGGUUGUGUUCGUCAUAUUGCUGUUUAUCUGUGUUAUCUGUGUUAUCCGUGCAUACAUCCCAAAAGAGGAAGCUAGUAAAAAUGAUAAGUCAGGAUCUAAACUGCUCCAAAUAUAGAAUAUAUAGAGUAACUAUGCCGAUGCAUGGUUUUCAAUUUAAUGUGGAUAAAACAGCAUAUCAUCAGCAUGAACAUCAGAACCGAAACGUUAGACUCAAAAAUAUAAAAUUACAAUUUAUGUCAGGAUGUCACAUUUUCAUAAUUCUUCUGACAUCAGCAAAGAAAGGUUAUGCCCUAUUAUGCCUGAGCUACAUUUGCCUACC